UGGGCUUAUAUACUUUUCCUCCCUUGCCCCUAGCUUGCUAUGGCAUCGUCCAGGUGCCAACUGGACCCUGGUUUUGCCGGAAAUGUGAAUCUCAGGAGCGAGCGGCCAGGGUGAGGUGUGAGCUGUGCCCACACAAAGAUGGGGCAUUGAAGAGGACAGACAAUGGAGGCUGGGCCCACGUGGUGUGUGCCCUCUACAUCCCAGAGGUGCAGUUUGCCAACGUGCUCACCAUGGAGCCAAUUGUCCUGCAGUACGUGCCCCAUGAUCGCUUCAACAAGACCUGUUACAUCUGCGAGGAGCAGGGCCGGGAGAGCAAAGCGGCCUCCGGAGCCUGCAUGACCUGUAAUCGCCAUGGAUGUCGACAAGCUUUCCACGUCACCUGUGCCCAAAUGGCAGGCCUGCUGUGUGAGGAAGAAGUACUGGAGGUGGACAACGUCAAGUACUGUGGCUACUGCAAAUACCACUUCAGCAAGAUGACCGAGAGGAGUACAGUCCAGGCAGAGGGACCAGCACGGGCCCGAGGCUGGAGAGGAGAAGCCACAGAAGCGGCUGGAAAACAUGGUGUAUAUGAUGGGAGCAAGAAGACAUCGAGGCACACUGGCAGGGGGACAGGAGGAGGAGGAGGAGGAGGAGGAGGAAGCGGCGGCACAGCGGGCAGCGGCAGUGGCUUCAUUGCUGGCCGGAGGAGCCGGUCAGCCUCUCCGUCAUCGUCCACCCAGCAGGAGAAGCACCCUGCCCACCAUGAGAAGGGUCAGAAGAAGAGCCGAAAGGACAAAGAACGCCUUAAACAGAAGCACAAGAAGCGGCCUGAGUCACCCCCCAGCAUCCUCACCCUGCCAGUGGUCCCCACUGCUGACAAGGUCUCCUCCUCUGCUUCCUCCUCCUCCCACCAUGAGGCCAGCAGUCAGGAGACCUCGGAGAACAGCCGGGACUCCAAGGGGAAAAAGUCUUCCAGCCAUAGCCUGAGUCACAAGGGGAAGAAACUGAGCAGUGGAAAAGGUGUGAGCAGUUUUACCUCCACCUCCUCCUCCUCCUCCUCCUCUUCUUCCUCCUCUGGGGGGCCCUUCCAGCCUGCAGCCUCAUCCCUGCAGAGCUCCCCAGACUUCUCUGCGUUCCCCAAGCUGGAGCAGCCAGAGGAGGACAAGUACUCCAAGCCCUCGGUCCCCACCCCUUCAGCCCCGCCCUCUCCCUUGGCCCCGGAGCCACCCAAGGCGGACCUCUUUGAACAGAAAGUGGUCUUCUCUGGCUUUGGACCCCUCAUGCGCUUCUCCACCACGACUUGCAGCUCAAGUCGGGCUCGGGCCCCCUCCCCUGGGGACCCUAAGUCUUCUCAUGCCUCUGGAUCGGGGCCCUCGGCAGGCGCCCACAAACGGAUGCCCACACUGAGCGCCGCCCCCGCCUCUGCUGAGGAGGUCCCGGAGACCCAGGGCCUGAAGGAGAAGAAGCACAAGGUCGGCAAGAGGAGCCGCCACGGGCCAGGCCGUCCCAAGGGCAGCCGGAACAAGGAGGGUGCUGGGGGCCCAGCCGCCCCCACCCUGCCUAGUGCCCAGCUGGCUGGCUUCACGGCCACAGCCGCCUCACCCUUCUCCGGAGGCUCCCUGGUCAGCUCAGGCCUGGGGGGGCUGGCCUCCCGCACCUUCGGGCCUUCUGGAAGCCUACCCAGCCUAAGCCUGGAGUCCCCCCUGCUAGGGGCAGGCAUCUACACCAGUAACAAGGACCCGAUCUCCCACGGGGGCGGGAUGCUUCGGGCUGUCUGCAGCACCCCCCUCUCCUCCAGCUUGCUGGGGCCCCGGGGCACCUCUGCCCUGCCCUGCCUCCGUCGCUCCCCAUUCACCAGCACCCUCCCCUCUUCUUCUGCUUCGAUCUCCACCACUCAGGUGUUUUCCCUGGCUGGCUCUACCUUUAGCCUCCCUUCCACUCACGUCUUUGGAACACCCCUGGGCGCCGUUAACCCCCUUCUCACCCAAGCCGAGAGCAGCCACACAGAGCCAGACCUGGAGGACUGCAGCUUCCGGUGUCGGGGGACCUCCCCCCAGGAGAGUCUGUCUUCCAUGUCCCCCAUCAGCAGCCUUCCAGCAAUUUUCGACCAGACAGCCUCAGGCUGUGGGGGCAGCCAAAUCGACCCUUCGGCCCCUGGGACCACCAACAUGGAGCAACUGCUGGAGAAGCAGAGCGAUGGCGAGGCCGGCGUCAACAUCGUGGAGAUGCUGAAGGCGCUGCACGCGCUGCAGAAGGAGAACCAGCAGCUGCAGGAGCAGAUCCUGAGCCUGACGGCCAAGAAGGAGCGGCUGCAGCUUCUCAACGUGCAGCUCGCCGUGCCCUUCCCCGCUCUGCCGGCCGCCUCGCCUGCCGCCAACGGCCCUGUGCCCGGCCCCUACGGCCUGCCUCCUCAAGCCUGCAGCAGCGACUCCUUGAGCACCAGCAAGAGCCCCCCAGGGAAGACCAGCCUUGGUCUGGACAACUCGCUGUCCACGUCCUCCGAGGACCCACACUCAGGCUGCCCCAGCCGCAGCAGCUCGUCUUCGCUGUCCUUCCACAGCACGCCCCCACCGCCACCCCUGCUGCAGCAAAGCCCUGCCACCCUGCCCCUGGCCCUGCCUGGGGCCCCUGCCUCGCUCCCACCCCAGCCGCAAAAUGGGUUGGGCCAGGCCUCGGGCACAGCAGGGUUGGGGGCCAUGCCCAUGGCUGAUGGGCUGCUGGGAGGGCUGGCCGGCAGCGGUGCCCUGCCCCUCAAUGGGCUCCUGGGGGGGCUGAAUGGGGCUGCCACCCCCAACCCUGCAGGCUUGAGCCAGGCUGGUGGGGCCCCCACACUGCAGCUUCCAGCUUGUCUCAGCAGCCUCACCGAGCAGCAGCGACACCUCCUUCAGCAGCAAGAGCAGCAGCUCCAGCAGCUGCAGCAGCUCUUGGCUUCCCCGCAGCUGACCCCGGAACACCAGACCGUCGUCUGCCAGAUGAUCCAGCACAUCCAGCAGAAGCGGGAGCUGCAGCGGCUGCAGAUGGCGGGGGGCUCCCAGCUGCCCAUGGCCAGCCUGCUUGCAGGGAGCUCAACCCCGCUGCUGUCUGCAGGCACCCCUGGCCUGCUGCCCACAGCGUCUGCACCACCCCUGCUGCAGGCCGGAGCCCUGGUGGCCCCCUCACUAGGCAACAACGCGAGCCUCAUGGCUGCAGCAGCUGCGGCCGCUGCAGUGGCAGCAGCAGGCGGACCUCCAGUCCUCACUGCCCAGACCAACCCCUUCCUCAGCCUGUCGGGGGCGGACGGCAGUAGCAGUGGACCCAAAGGAGGGACCACUGACAAAGGAGCCUCGGCUAACCAGGAAAAAGGCUAAAUGUACUCCCACGCUUCCUGACCCCGCCCCCCCAGAUGGCAGGGAUAAUCCUGGCCCGGGGUCCCAGGCUGGAGCAGGCACCUGCACCCAGACACUGGAGAGCCCUGGCCCACAGCAAGGGCCUGGGCUCCAGGAGCAAUGAGCACCCCUGGUGCUGAGGACUGAGCGUGAGAGGGGGGCCCCUGACCCACCUGGACCCCUGCCCCUCUGCACUGGCCCCUCUGUAGGGACACAGAGGGAGGGUAGGCUCUAAGCCUGCCUCGAAGCUUCCACCCUCAGCAAAUGUUUUGGGAUUCCCCCCCCACUCCCCGAGAGUAAGGUGGGCUGUGGUGUAAGUGGGGUGGGGUGGGCGGCGCAGGUCAGUUAGCCCCUCCACCUAAAUGGAUCAGCACUUGAGUGGGGAGCCGAGGAGAGAUGGUCCUGGACAGGCCUCACCCCAGCAUGGGAGUUCUCUGUGGAAGAAGGUGUGGCCUGACUUUUCCUGCUGUUCUUUCUGCAGAUGGCAAAAGGAGGGGUCUCCUGAACUGUCUCUUGUCACCUGGGCCCCCAACAUGGGUCACAAGCUCAGCUUGUAAAAGCCUAGAGAAGUCGAGGGGCUGAGGAAGGAGAGUAAUCUAACUUGGCCUAUGUCUCCCCACUUCUUGGGCCCCUUACCGCCCAUGAAGAGGCAGGGGGAGCCAGAUGUGGGGAGACUCCCACUGUCCUUGGUGCCCUGCUCCUUGUUUGCACUAUUGGGUUGAGGAGUGCUAGUGGUGGGGAGAUGGAGCUGUGAGUCACAGCGCCUGUGUGUGUGUGAGUGUGAGUGUGUGCGUGCGUGCGUGCGUGCGUGCGUGGUACCUGCGCAGGAGUGUGUGUGCGCCGCGUGCCCUCUCGUGUGCUCUCAAGCCUUCCCGGAACCUGGGCCAGCUGAGAGCGGGGAGAGGAGCAAUGGUCAGAAGAGGCAGGCAGCACCAGAGCGGGGAGUUGUCAGCUCUUGUUUGCACCCUCCCCACCUCACCAACUUUGGUCCCGGUAUGGGGCAUGAAUGGUUAACAAAAACCAGAACAGUACUCCAAUAUUGGAGAAUAACUGGGAGCCGGGGGCUUUGAAUCAGGGUAAUAUCCCACCUUCUUGUCCCCGCAACCCCACUAUAUGGUCUCAGUGCUCCCUCAGGGACCCCUCCUCCACUGAGAGUCUGGUCCGGCUUCCCUGGCACAGGGGAGCUCCAAGUAUUGGGGGAGGGGCCAGGGAGAGUCAAGUGUCCCUUCCCAAGGGAGCCUCUCCCAGAAUCAGCCAGCCUGCCUUCCUGACCCCAUCCCCAUGUCACCGACCCAGAGCGAGCUUUUCAGCUGGCCUACGAAGUCUUCCCUCCCCCACCAGCUGUUUCCCCAGGGGUGUAGUGGGCAUUUCUCACCCUUCACAUCCCCACUGGCCUGGGGCCACCAAAGGCGAGGGGCCAGCCAGGGGCCAGGCCAGGGAGGGGCCAGGUUGACACCUUGUCUUCUGUUUCAGUUGCACUGGGCUUGGAGCGGGGAGGCAGGUGUCUGCGGCCGGCCCUCACGCUCUUGUCGCGUCGGUCUCUGCAUGUGUGGACUUUCCUGUGUGUUUCUGUUCAGGUUUUUCUCGUUGUUGGGGUUUUUCUUUGUUGUUGUUGUUGUUGGUUUUCUUUCUUUUUUUAAUAAAGAAAAGAAGAUGUGUAUAUUUUUGGCAAUGACAGAAACGUAGUGCAGAUAUAUUUUUGCCUGUGCUGCUCAACUGGUUUUUUUCUGAUACUGAAAAUAAUAUUAAUAUUCCUGUUGA